UUUAUAAUUUAGGGUCGAGCUUCGCUUACAACUGAAAAACAACGGUUUGCCCAUCAGCAUGAGGAGAUGAAAAAUCUAGAGGACAUUGUUAAUAAAAUUAAGCCAACUGCUCUUAUAGGGGUUGCUGCCAUUGGUGGAGCAUUUACGAAAAAUAUCAUCAUGGCUAUGGCUUCAUUCAACAAGCGGCCAAUAAUUUUUGCCCUGAGUAACCCAACUAGCAAAGCAGAAUGCUCUGCUGAGGAUUGCUACCAUCUAACUGAGGGGCGUGGCAUUUUUGCAAGUGGAAGCCCUUUUAAAAAAGUCACUCUCCCAGAUGGACGAACAUUUUUUCCUGGGCAGGGUAACAAUGCCUACGUGUUUCCAGGAGUUGCCCUUGCAGUUGUUUCAUGUGGAAUUAAACAUAUAAGUGAAGAUGUUUUCCUCACUACUGCAGAGGUUAUAUGUCAACAGGUUUCAAAGAAGCAUUUAGAAGAGGGUCGUUUGUAUCCACCUUUAGCAUCAAUUCAAGAGGUUUCUCUGAAAAUUGCUGUAAAAAUUGUAGAGGAGGCCUACAGCAAGAACACCGCCACUUUCUAUCCUGAGCCAGAAAACAAGGAAGCAUUCAUCCGCUCCCAGAUUUAUAGCACUGACUAUGAAAGCUUUCUGACAGACUCUUACACCUGGCCCAAAGAAGCCAUGAAAAUACAGACUGGGAAAUUGUAACAGAAAAAUAGCACUGCAACAAUACUAGAAGCACCCGGAUACUUACUAGUUUUCAUCAUUUAUUAAAUCAUAGCACAAGUUUAUCAAACUCAGGUUAUAUUUCUUUUCCUUUUUAACAGCCCUGAAAGCCAUGGAUGUUUGGUUAGAAAUUUUAAUAGUUUGUUAAGCUAAUUAAUUAAGCAAAAUUAGUCUACAAAUAAGAGAAUAAAGGAUAAUUUGAGUCUUUUUUAAAGUUCAAAGGGAUUCUCCUAGAUUCAUUAUAAUAAAAGAUAAAUACAGAAACUAAA